UCGUAAGCAGACAAUCCCAAAGAAAAAACAAAACGGACUCGCGGGUGAUUCUUGCAAUGGUCAAUGGAAAUCCAUUCCGGUUCGUUCGGCGUCACCCGCCCUUCCUCUGAAAACUUGCCAGAAAGAGGUAAGUGGCUCAGAUCGGAAUCGGAAUCGGAAUCUCAACCGGAAUUGAAAUUACCUCAAUCGGAAUCUCAACCGGAAUUGGAAUUACCUCAAUCGGAACCUCAACCGAAACUGGAAUCACAUCAAUCAAAAUUGGAACUACCGAAAUUGGAACGUCUUUUGAAUUCCAAACCACUUAAAAAGCUUAAGAUGAGUGAUUUCUCUAUGUAUGACGAUGAUCCUGAGCCUUUCGUGUUUUCGUGCUGACGCUUUGUGUAUAAGAAUAAGGCUCAGAUCAUUAAGUAUCACCAAAUUAAAGUCGCCAUGGAUGAUUAUAGAGAACGCUCUCUCAACCUAAGUGUUUUCGAUGCUAUCAGCGUCCCAAAAAUAUCAGAUAAAUGUGGUGGUACAGGACCCGUUGAUAUAAGCGAAGAUCUUCGUCUUCGUCUCACUCCCCUUUGCAAGUUUGCUUCAGAUAAAUACAAUGCUGACAAGGAUACACAUUUUGUGUUUGCUAGCAUUGUCAAGACUACUUGGUCCCCUGGUGCUAUAUAUUACAUUAUCUUUCAAGCACAAGAUUCUUCCACCUCUCUUACAACUUUUCAGACCCAAGUCGUGAAUCAGAGGCCCGCGCCUGAGGUCAUAUCCUGUGCCAAUAAAAUCUAACACGUCUCUUGUUUGGGGGUGGUGGUUAUUUUUUCUGUUGAGAUACAAUUGUUGUGUGUUGUCAAGUCAAUUUAACACAAAUACAUUCUUCUACUGAAUUACUUACUUGAGUAAGUUGAUUGGCGGUUCUGGCAUAUUCUGAUGACUUUCAAUUUCAAGAGAAUAUUUGUGCUUCUUAGUCAUUUUACUUUGUUGAAAUUGUAACCUCACUUUUUAGAGUUAGACUAUGUAUAAUGGUUACAUUAUUCAACACCCUACUUUUUCACUUUUUAUCUUUCACAUCAUCUUCUCUCUCUUCCACCUAAUAAUUCAACACCUAUUCAAUUUUUUUCACUACAAUGGUUUUAUUUAAUAAAAUUCAACACCUUACCCCACAUCAUAUUCUUAUUUUCUUUUAAAGUUUUGUUUUUAUGAUUAUAUAUUAAUAUCUAUUAUCAAUUAAAAGUGAAUUUUUUUUAUGAGU